UUUGUCCGCGUCGUCUUCGUUAUGAGACAUUUGUUCCUCCAUGUGAACUGCAGGAUCAAUAUGCCUGGCUCCAAAAAAAAAAAAACCCUUUUCAUAUUCUUACUGGAAUCAUGUGACAUUUCUGAAUGAACCUUGGGAGAACUCCUUGUAUCAGUGCUAUUUUGCAACGUAGUAUAGGUGGUCUCGGCCCCUGCGGUACAUUAGAAAAAUAAACGCAUAUUUGAAAGGAAAAAUAGAUGAACAUUUACAGAAAAAAAAAUACUACAUUGAAAAUGCAAUGGAAUCAACUGUUAAGAGUUCGGCAUGAUGUUCAGACAGAUAAAAAGGAACGGGACCAGUGACUCCCUGCAGAGAUGGAGAGGAGACCGAGCACUCCCGGCACCCGCGGGCUUCUAGCUGUGGCCAAAUCGCGGGCCGUGCUCGCGACGAGCACUUCCUCGCUAUACCCGCCCAACCUCGCCCUCCUGGUCUGUUCCGGCUCCGCAGUUGCGUCCAGAGGCCGCCUGGUCCUCCGGGCCUGUCUCUGCCUCCAGCCCGGUUCCCGAGGGCGCCCCGGGGCCCUCCCGCUCCCUCGCGGAAGAAACUACUACCUCUCCGCGCCGCAGGCCAACGGUUCGGCCCGGAGGCUGGAGGCGGAAGUGACGCCAAAGACGCGCCGGCACCUCUUCCGGCGCCGGCCCCGCCUCCGCCUGUCCGACAGCUGGUCCGGGUCUUGCGGCGGUGUGUCCCGGCGUUGGAGAGUUCCGUGCGUGUCCUCGGGCUGUCCGCGCGGAACCUGGCCCGGGAGUGAUCGCCCGCACGCCCCGCGCCUUGCGCCCCCGGCACCGCUUCCAGAAGGGAAAGACGCCGCCGCUCGCGGUGGACCCGGGCAGCGCUUCCAUUCCGCGGAGCUGGAAAUAGGGAUCCAGUCAUCUCUGGGUCAGGAGGGAUGGAGACCGCACCUUCCACAUAGAUUCACAAAGCUGCCCUGCAGUGGCCUUGGCUUCAGGAGAGGAGCAUUCAGACGCUUCCGUCAGCCUCCGAGGAUGGCAGCCCCUGACCUGGCCCACGGAGGUCAUGUUUCUAGGGACUCAAUCUACCUUCAUGAAGAACAGACACAGGCAGCAGGGAUGGUGGCUGGCUGUCUGAUAAAUUGUUAUCAGGACUUGGUGACCUUUGGCGACGUGGCUGUGGACUUCACCCAGGAGGAGUGGACUUUACUGGACCCAUCUCAGAGAGACCUCUACAGAGAUGUGAUGCUGGAAAACUACGAGAACCUGGCCUCAGUAGGACACGACCUGUUCAAACCCAACGUGAUCUGUUGGCUGGAGGAGGAAGAGGAGUUGAGGGCAGGGCGGAGAGGAGUUCUCCAAGAAUGGCGACUUAAAACCAAAGGGCCAGCACUUUGGCAGGAUAGAUCUUGGUUGAGAACGUCAAAUGAGACACAGACGGCGAGAAGCCACAACGGAGGGCAGCUCUGUGACUGCACGCAGUGUGGAGAAGCUUUCAGUGAACACUCAGGCCUCAGCACACACAUGAGAACUCAAAAUACAGGAGACAGUUGUGUGUCUAAUCAUUAUGAAAAAGACUUUCUUAUUCCAUGCCAGAAAACCUUGUUCAAAAUAGGAGAGCAAUUUUCUGUGUUGGGUCAGUGUGGAAAAGCCUUCAGCCCUACUCCAAAUGUUAUUUACCAGCAAGCAUGCACUCGGGACAGAUCUCUUGACUACAGCGACUGUGGGGAAGCAUUCCUUAAUCAGUCAUACCUUCAGGCACGUGCGGGAAGUCACAAUGGAGAAGGAACAUGGGAAUGGAAGCAGUGUGGGAAAGCUCUCACUCACUCCACAGGCUGUGCCACACCUGUUGAAAUGCAUGCUGUCGGGAAUCCGCACCUAUGUGGGGAAUGUGGGAAGGCCUUUAGAUACACUGCCUACCUUACUAGUCAUGUGCGAGUCCACACUGGGGAGAAGCCCUGUGAAUUGGAAGAAUGUGGAAAAGCCUUCCCUGUUUCUUCUAGCCUAGCUCAACAUGUAAGAAUUCAUGCUACAGAGAAACCCUAUGAACAUAAAGAAUGCGGAAAAGCCUUCACUGGAUGCUCAGGUCUUUCUAAACAUGUCCAAACAGACCCUGGACAGAAGCCCUAUGAAUGUAAGGACUGUGGGAAAGCCUGCGGUGGGUUUUAUCUACUGAAUGAACAUGUAAAAACUCACACGAGGGAGAAGCCCUUUGCAUGUGUGGUUUGUGGAAAAUAUUUUAGAAAUUCCUCAUGCCUUAGUAAUCAUGUUCGAAUUCACGCUGGAAUAAAACCCUAUACAUGCAGCUACUGUGGGAAGGCCUUCACUGUGCGCUGUGGCCUUACUAGACACGUACGAACACACACAGGCGAGAAGCCAUACACGUGUAAGGACUGCGGGAAAGCCUUCUGUACGUCCUCAGGCCUUACUGAGCACAUAAGGACUCACACUGGAGAGAAACCGUAUGAAUGUAAAGAUUGUGGGAAAUCCUUCACUGUUUCUUCAAGCCUGACUGAGCAUGCGAGAAUCCAUACCGGAGAGAAACCCUACAAAUGUAAGCAGUGUGGCAAAGCCUUCACGGGGCGCUCAGGCCUCACUAAACACACGCGGACACACACCGGGGAGAAGCCAUACGAAUGUAAGGACUGCGGGAAAGCCUACAAUAGGGUUUAUCUACUGAAUGAGCAUGUGAAAACUCACACAGAGGAGAAGCCCUUUGUAUGUACGGUAUGCGGGAAAUCCUUCAGAAAUUCCUCGUGCCUGAAUAAGCACAUGCAGAUUCACACUGGAAUAAAACCUUAUGAAUGUAAGGACUGUGGGAAAACCUUCACUGUUUCUUCGAGCCUAACCGAGCACAUACGAACUCACACUGGAGAGAAGCCUUAUGAAUGUAAAGUAUGCGGAAAGGCCUUCACCACGUCCUCACACCUUAUUGUGCACAUAAGAACCCACACCGGCGAGAAACCCUACAUAUGUAAGGAGUGUGGGAAAGCCUUUGCUUCCUCCUCACACCUUAUCGAACACAGAAGGACUCAUACAGGAGAGAAACCUUAUAUAUGUAACGAGUGUGGGAAAGCCUUCCGUGCCUCCUCUCACCUGCGUAAACAUGGAAGAAUUCACACUGGGCAGAAACCCUAUAAAUGUAAGGAAUGUGGGAAAGCAUACAGUAAGUUUUACCUACUAAAAGAACAUUUAAAAACUUACCCUGAAGAGCAGCUUUUUGUAUGUAAGGACUGUGGAAGAUCUUUUAAGAAUUCCUCAUGCCUUAACCAUCACGCUCAAAUUCACACAGAUGAGAAACUUUACUAAUGUAAGGAAUGUGGGGAAGCUGUCAGCUACACUCAUUCACGUUGAAGACAUGAAAGGCCUCUCAUUCUCCAGAUGCCCGUGACUUGAGGAAUGUGGCCGGGCCAUCAGCAUCUCAUCACAACCCGGCAGGCAAGAACUCACCCUGAAGCCCUACGCGGCAGACACAGAGAAAGCCCUCAGUGUUCUCUGAGGUCUUGCUAAAUAUGGAAGGUAUCCAGUGGAGAGAACCCUGCUGAUGUGUGAUACUUAGCAGCGUUGUUGCUGUUCUGCUCAGUACUUUGAUGAUCCCUUGUGAUCUCACAAUGGAGAAAAACCUUAGGAGGGUGAGAAUUGUUAGGAAGUCAUUUUUUACAUUACAUCUUUCCUCAACCUUCAGUAUUAAACGUGGUGAUUGACACUUGAAGUGUUGUGAAUGUGCGGAAGAUAGGAAUCGCUUCCCUGUGUCCUAAAACCUUGUGGGCUAACUUGAGACAUAUCUUUCUGGGGGUUCUGUAGACGUAUUUUGAACCUUUAUGAUGCUGCACUGACGAUUCUUGGAAUGAGGACUCUGUUCCCUGUAGAAAUCUUCCAGUCUGGUUGCUACAGUGUCCAAGUCACAGCCUGGCUAACAGUGGGCCUUGAGGACUCAGAUGGGAUCCUGUGUGAGCAGUGUAGGCUCUGGUUGGUUAGUCUUGAGGAUCCAGAUGGGAUUCUGUGAGCAGCGUAGGCUCUGGUUGGUUAGUCUUGAGGAUCCAGAUGUGAUUCUGUGAGCAGCGUAGGCUCUGGUUGGUUAGUCUUGAGGAUCCAAAUGUGAUUCUGUGAGCAGUGCAGGCUCUGGUUGGUUAGUCUUGAGGAUCCAGAUGUGAUUCUGUGAGCAGCGUAGGCUCUGGUUGGUUAGUCUUGAGGACUCAGAUGUGAUUCUGUGAGCAGCGUAGGCUCUGGUUGGUUAGUCUUGAGGAUCCAGAUGGGAUUCUGUGAGCAGCGUAGGCUCUGGUUGGUUAGUCUUGAGGAUCCAGAUGUGAUUCUGUGAGCAGCGUAGGCUCUGGUUGGUUAGUCUUGAGGAUCCAGAUGUGAUUCUGUGAGCAGUGCAGGCUCUGGUUGGUUAGUCUUGAGGAUCCAGAUGUGAUUCUGUGAGCAGCGUAGGCUCUGGUUGGUUAGUCUUGAGGAUCCAGAUGUGAUUCUGUGAGCAGCGUAGGCUCUGGUUGGUUAGUCUUGAGGAUCCAGAUGUGAUUCUGUGAGCAGUGCAGGCUCUGGUUGGUUAGUCUUGAGGAUCCAGAUGUGAUUCUGUGAGCAGCAUAGGCUCUGGUUGGUUAGUCUUGAGGAUCCAGAUGUGAUUCUGUGAGCAGCGUAGGCUCUGGUUGGUUAGUCUUGAGGAUCCAGAUGUGAUUCUGUGAGCAGCGUAGGCUCUGGUUGGUUAGUCUUGAGGAUCCAGAUGGGAUUCUGUGAGCAGUGCAGGCUCUGGUUGGUUAGUCUUGAGGAUCCAGAUGUGAUUCUGUGAGCAGCGUAGGCUCUGGUUGGUUAGUCUUGAGGAUCCAGAUGUGAUUCUGUGAGCAGCGUAGGCUCUGGUUGGUUAGUCUUGAGGAUCCAGAUGUGAUUCUGUGAGCAGCGUAGGCUCUGGUUGGUUAGUCUUGAGGAUCCAGAUGGGAUCCUGUGUGAGCAGUGUAGGCUCUGGUUGGUUAGUCUUGAGGAUCCAGAUGGGAUCCUGUGUGAGCAGUGUAGGCUCUGGUUGGUUGGACAUGCUCUUAGGCAUGACCCUUCUGUAGGGUCCCACACUGGCCAAGGUUGGGGCAUAACACAGCUCUACAUUUUAUGAAAAUGCCCUUGUUCCUCUCCUAUACCUGAUCUCUUCAGAUAAAACACCAGGGUGCAAAGAGAGGCAGAGUGGAGAGGGCCGAGGUCAGUACCCUGAGAUGCCCCCAUUUCAUGGCCGUGGAGGGAGAGCCACCACCCCCCACGUGGGGAGGAGGGAAUUCCUGUACCUCAGGCAGUGCCGUACGGGUGAGAGCCCUGAGUGUCACUGUUGACCUCCAGAUCCUCUUCACAGCACGCAGAGCGGUCCUGGCAGCUGCUGCGAUCCAGCACUCCUAGGGCAGGAGCUGCUUGUGUGUGUGCCGCCCCUUUGUGUACCAUGAAAACAGACCAGGGACACGGCUGGUCCUGAUGUUCCACGGCACUUGGCACUAUCACUGGCGCUUCCUAGAUGAGGCCCUUAAGCACACACAGCGGCAGAGCAAGGCUUCCAUGUGAGUGACACGAAUGUGUGUCCUCUGGCUGCAGCAAUCUGGGGUUGUUUUUUGUGGCCAUCAGGGCAGCAGCUGCUUGGUGACUGUUUCUGUGGUGUUGAAUCCCCACGGUAUAAAGGUAAUCUACAACGAGGUGAACAGUAAAUCCUGGAUGGACAGACCCGUGCGCCUUCAUAUUAUGUGUUUGAAAUUCUGGAUGGACAGACCCAUGCACCUUCAUAUUACGUGUUUGCUGUGGAGAGGAGUGGGUUGUGCCGUGUUUCUCUUGUGGGAUUGAGUGUGGCUAUUUAGUUCAUCUGUUGCCACCUUUAAUUGUUGGCAGUGACACUAAAGGUCAUCAGAUUAGUGUGAACCACCUUGUGGGGUUGUAGCGGCUCCUGGAUUGGUCUCAGAUGCCAUCCUGAUUGGCUGAAAUAAGUCCUGCAGGUGUCCGCUGGAACUGACUCACAGUUGGCUGAGUCCAGAACCUGUGGGUCACAGGUGGCGCCAGGCCUGCAUCAUCCUCGUGCUCGGACUCCUAGUGACAGCAUCCUGAGCAGCGGUAGCCCAGACACCACCCUGCCUGAUAUGCCCACUGCUGGUGGAGACAUCACCCCAGCCCAGACCUCAUUAAGACAACUACUCCUCCGAUGACUCGCCCUCCCUUCACUGGAGGUGACUUCACGCACUUCUCCAGAACCUCCUCAGCAGCGAUGCCCACGGACUGGGGUUCCUAAGGCACAAAUUCGAUAUUUGAGAUCUGUGAUGAGCUGAGCUUGCUGUCCGCUCACCCGUGAUCCUGGUGUAGUCUCAGCCAAAACCUGCAGCCCUGCACCCCGGCCUGUAGGAAAAUCUGGUAGGAGUUAGUAGUGUCUGUGAAGUCUCAAUAAUUGAUAACAAAAUGUUUUGUUUCGCCAGGAGGCACCUGGUUCCUAUCAGCCUCUGGGGAGGCCACUGUCUGCCCAGUGCCUUCUCCUCCGCCGCAUCUUUCCAUCUCAUCUCCUUACUCCCUUGACGUGGCUUCACACAGAGCCUCUUCUUUACACGUACUAACUGUUUGCUUCAUACCGUCCUGCAGCAGAACUACAGACCUGCCAUCCUGAUUAUUGUGAAACUCAUCCCUUUGUCACCUUUAUAACUCCUCGAGGAUAUUAUCAUUGAACCCCCAACAUUUCAAAGUGGUUUUCUUGAGUAAUACCAUAUGCUGUGAUGUGGAUGUGACUGGUUUGUCCUCAUCAAGUCUCAUGUUGAGCUUUGACCCUCAGUGUGACAGUGCUGGGAGGGGGCCUGGUGGGGGUUUGGGUCAUGGGGACACCCUCCUGAAUGGUUGGAUACCAUUCAUUCUUGCUCUGUCAAGCCUGGAUUGGUUCGUAGGGGAAUGCCCUAGUUACCGGGAGCAUGGUUGUCAUAAAGCCAAGCCGUCCCUCGGGGUUGGCUCACUGCCCUUGGCCUUCUUUGCCCUAUUUGACACAGCAAAUAGUCCUCACCAGAAGCAGGUCGGAUGCCAGUGCUAUGCCUGUACAGCCUGCUGAACCAUGAGCCAAAUAAGCCUCUUUCUAAGUUACCCACAGCCUCAGAUACGUAGCAACACAGACAGACUAAGACACCAUGCAUGAUGGAAAAGUGGGUUAUGGGCAGGACUGCAGGUACUGCUUACGCAGAUACCUGUAUUUCUCUUCCUUACUCUCAGGACGUGUUCUGUGUUGCUUAGGGCAACUUACGCCCUCCUGUGUGAAAAUCUCCACUCCCGAUGUCUGAGGGUUCCUCAGCGUAAGGUAAAAUAUUAAAGGACCAAUUGUAUUAA